GUCCUGGCUUCCUCUCCUCCCCGGCUCGCUCCCGCCCUCUCUUCUUCCCUCCCCUUCCCGGGCUCUUCCCGCCGUCUCUCCCAGCCUGCUUUUCCAGUCGCGCCUGGCGAGGGCCGCGCACUCGGCGGCUCGGGCCGUGGGACUGUGGUCACACCCUUUCCAGAAAUUCUUGGCUGGUAACCGCGAAGCUGGGAGAACUGGAGAAAACCGCUCUAAUCUGACUUGACUCUGGCUGGGUACGGAGGCUGCAUCAUCAUAACCAACAUCUGCAAAGCGUUCUCUGAGGCUCUGAGGUGACUCAUCUCAGAUUCCUGCAGAACUGAGCCUUUUGCUGGACCUAUGUUCCAACCUGUGCCUCCAUGACCAGGUGGAUAGCACUCCUCGUGCCUGUGACCCAGAACCCUGGCUGACCACACUGAGGCAAGAUGCUCCAGCAGGUUAAUGGUCACAGUUCAGGCUCUGGUGCCCAAGGUGGAGAGUCCCUCAGAGAAGACCUGCAGGAGUUCCUGAGCGGGGAAGCCCCACUGCACCAGCUAGAUGACCUCACCAAGGUGAAUCCUGUGACACUGGAGACAGUCUUGAGGUGUUUGCAGGCUCGGUACGCAGCAGACACAUUCUACACCAAUGCUGGCUGCACCCUGGUCGCUCUGAACCCCUUCAAGCCCGUCCCUCAGCUCUACUCACCAGCACUGAUGAGAGAGUACCACGCUGCUCCGCAGCCCCAGAAACUGAAGCCCCACAUCUUCACUGUGGGUGAACAGACCUACAGGAACGUCAAGAGCCUGAUUGAGCCAGUCAACCAGUCUAUCAUUGUCAGCGGAGAGAGUGGUGCUGGAAAGACAUGGACGUCCCGCUGCCUGAUGAAGUUCUACGCUGUGGUGGCUGCCUCACCCACAUCCCAAGAGAGCCACAAGAUUGCAGAGAGGAUUGAACAGCGAAUCUUGAACUCCAACCCUGUCAUGGAAGCUUUUGGGAAUGCCUGCACCCUGAGGAAUAACAACAGCAGUCGCUUUGGGAAGUUCAUCCAGCUCCAGCUAAACAGGGCCCAGCAGAUGACCGGAGCUGCAGUCCAGACAUACCUCCUGGAGAAAACACGAGUGGCCUGUCAGGCAUCUAGUGAGAGGAACUUCCACAUCUUCUACCAGAUCUGUAAAGGAGCCAGCAUGGACGAGAGGCUCCAGUGGCACCUCCCCGAGGGAGCAGCCUUCUUUUGGCUGCCCAACCCAGAGAGGACCUUGGAAGAGGAUUGUUUCAAGGUGACCAGAGAGGCCAUGCUUCAUUUGGGCAUCGACACCCCUGCUCAGAACAACAUCUUUCAGGUCCUGGCCGGACUGCUGCACCUCGGCAACAUCCGCUUUGCCCACUCUGAGGACGAAGCCCAGCCCUGCCACCUGACAAGCGAUGCCAAGUGCUCUCUCAGGACAUCAGCCUUGCUGCUGCAGCUUCCAGAAGACCCGCUGCUGGAGACGCUGCGGAUCAGAACCAUCAGGGCAGGCAGGCAGCAGCAGGUAUUCCGGAAACCCUGUUCCAGAGCCGAGUGCGACACCCGCAGAGACUGUGUGGCCAAACUAGUCUAUGCACGGCUGUUUGACUGGCUGGUGUCCGUGAUCAAUAGCAGCAUCUGUGCAGACCCUGCCUCCUGGACCACUUUCAUAGGCCUGCUGGAUGUGUACGGAUUUGAGUCCUUUCCCAACAACAGCCUGGAACAGUUGUGCAUCAACUACGCCAACGAGAAACUGCAGCAGCACUUUGUGGCUCACUACCUGAGGGCCCAACAGGAGGAAUAUGCAGUCGAGGGCCUGGAGUGGUCAUUUGUCAACUACCAGGACAACCAGACCUGCUUGGAUCUCAUCGAGGGGAGUCCCAUCAGCAUCUGUUCCCUCAUAAACGAGGAAUGCCGCCUAAAUCGGCCAAGUAGUGCAGCCCAGCUCCAGACCCGCAUCGAGAGUGCACUGGCGGGCAGCCCCCGCCUGGGCCACAACAAGCUCAGCCGGGAGCCCAGCUUCGUUGUGCUGCAUUACGCGGGGCCCGUGCAGUACCACACCGCAGGCCUGGUGGAGAAGAACAAGGACCCUGUCCCCCCUGAGCUGACCGGACUCCUACAGCAAUCCCAGGACCCCUUACUCAAGGUGCUUUUUCCUACUGACCCCGAAGAAAAGGCCCAGGAGGAGCCCUCUGGCCAGAGCAGAGCCCCUGUGUUGACUGUGGUGUCCAAGUUCAAGGCCUCCCUGGAGCAGCUUCUGCAGGUUCUGCAUUGCACGACGCCCCACUACAUUCGCUGCAUCAAGCCCAACAGCCAGGGCCAAGCGCACAGCUUUCUCCAGGAGGAGGUCCUGAGCCAGCUGGAGGCCUGUGGCCUCGUGGAGACCAUCCACAUCAGUGCUGCUGGCUUCCCGAUCCGGAUCCCUCACCGGAACUUCGUGGAACGAUAUGAAGUACUGAGAAGGCUCUGUGCUCGCACUUCCUCUGGCCCCCACAGCCCAUCUCCUGCUGAAGGGCACUCCGAAAGGUCUCCGUGCACCGAGGCGGCCACUCUGCAAGCUGUCCUCCAGGACAUCCUCCACACUCUUCCAACUCUGACUCAGGCAGCAGCCACACUUGGUGACCCCGCUAAGGCCACACCAGCCCCAGUUCACUGUGGCAAGACCAAGGUGUUCAUGACGGACUCCAUGCUGGAGCUUCUGGAACACAGACGCGCCCAGGUGCUGGAGCAGUGUGCCCGCCGCAUCCAGGGCAGCUGGAGGCGACACUGGCAUCGCAAGCAGGAGAGGCAGAGGCGGGCGGCCGUGCUCAUCCAGGCAGCCAUCCGUUCCUGGUUAGCUCGGAAACACCUGCAGAGGCUGCACACCGCCGCCACGGUCAUCAAGCGCGCGUGGCGGAAGUGGAGAAUUGGAAUGGCCUUCCUUGCUUCGAAAGAACUGGAUGGUGUGGAAGAAAAACACUUUUCUCAAGUUCCCCUUCCCACGGGCUCCUUCCUACUGCCACAGACACAGACCAGCCUCCUGGCAGCAAUAAUCCGCCUCUGGCCCCUAGGACUGGUCCUGGCCAACGCAGCUGUGGGGGUCCGAGGCUUUCAGAGGAAGCUGGUGGUCUGGGCCUGCCUCCAGCUCCCCACCGGGAACCCCAGUAGCUACCCGGUCCAGAUAGCCCAAGGACAAACUGGUGUCACAUCCAUCCGAGCACUGCCUCAGGGCUCGAUCAAGUUCCACUGCAGGAAGUCUCCACUGCCGUACGCCGACAUCUGCCCUGAACCCUCACCCUACAGUGUUACUGGCUUUAAUCAGAUUCUGCUGGAAAGACACAGCCUGGGCCAUGGGUGAGCUCUUCUCACCUUCUACCCUCACCUGGCUGGGCAAUCCUUUGGUGCCUUUGUGUCUACAAGGCCUUUUCCUGCCAGCUGCUUUGCCAAAGACAUUUAAUCCCACACAAAGAUGCCAAACUACUCCCACAGCAACUCCAAGCACUUGUGACCAAGCAACGUGUUGCAGCCCCUGCACUAGGGGCCUGGGGCUCCCCUCUACAUCUCAGGCCCUGACAGGUGUCGGGCUGGUUAGUAAAUCAGGGCUAAGAAACCUCAGGGCCACAGAGGAUGUCCCCCAUUUUACUACCUUCAUAGAUCCAAUGCAGCAGGGCAGUCCAUCACUACAGUGGGGCACCCCGAUUCCCUGCAAACAGAACAGUUGGGUCAGCUUGAAAUCAGCCCCCAAAUUUCAAUUAGAAUAUUUGCAUUUAGUUCCUUUAAAAGGAACAAAACCUAUUUUUAAUAUGUUGAUUUAUUUAAUGUAAUAAUGUAACAAAAAGGUGAACAAUACAAUUUACCAUAGAAUUACCAUGUCCUGAUUUUAUUUAACAACAGUGAGCAAGUUUUAACUCAAAUGGGUAUGAAACCUGACCAAUCAUGUGAUGUCUCUAAACUGUACCAAAAUUAAAAUAUUUAAACACCA